AAAAUAGGCCACUCGCAAACCAACCAAAAGACAAUGAAACCUACAAAUCGUUGAUAGUAUUUUUAAAGCGCUUUAAAAGAUCGACUCUUUUUGCUACCUACCAGUGGUGACCAUGGAUUUUUAGACACUUAUCAGUUGAGGUUAUGUUACGACAUAACCUUACUACGUUAAAAAACAAAAUUUUGCCAAAAUUCUCUAAAAACAUGCUGAUAACCCAGCCCUAACCUUUCCAGUCCUUAAAUAACAUCCAGCAGUAUAGAUGCAGAUAUAACCGCUUAAUAUGGAAGCCCCCAGCAUAGACAGGACUCGCUUGGAAGCCCUAACACGUGAGAACGAUGCGUACCUGGAAAUAUCCAAAAAAAUCGCCAGCGACAUUUCCUCCAAGGCGCUGUCCAUUCAAGACGCAGUGGACCAAAUGGGGUGCCUGUUGCUGAGCCCGGAGCACCAAAAACGAGACUUGGGGGUUCUAUUGUUGAGCGACAUUCUGCACAACCUCCCAAGCGCCUGCUUAAGCCCAGAGCAAGCGGCUGUCCUGGCAGCGUUUCUGAGCGAGAAGCUCAAAGACCAUCAUCAGGUAGCCACGUCUGCUUUAAAAGGGGUGCUGGCGCUUGUAGGUCUUCCCAAUCUUCCCCCUGAUGGCACCGUGCAGCUCCUAACAAUCAUCUUCAAUCACAUCAGCUGCCAGCAACAGCUACAGCUGGAUAGAUAUGUUAUCUUUCAGAUUUAUCACUCUGCCCUCACGGUACAUACUAAAGAAGUCCAAUCCAUGGGACUGGACUUCGUCUAUGGGGUGAUUUCCUCUAUAGAAGGGGAACGAGACCCCAAGAAUUUGAUGUACUUAUUCCAGUGGCUACAGGCCUUUUUGCAGGUCGUCGACUUGCAACAUCUGACCGAGGAAAUGUUCGAUGUCCUGUCCUGCUACUUCCCAGUGGACUUCAAGGCGCCGCCCACCAGCCCCACUCUCAUCACGCGCGAGGCUCUAGCGAUGGGGCUCUGCCGCUGUCUCACGUCUAUUUCGGCCUUCGGCCCCUUCUCCAUUCCGCUCGCCUUGGAGAAACUCGACUCGGCGCUCAAGAUUGCCAAAGUUGACGCUCUGCAUCUGCUGAAAUUCGGCUGCUUGAGCUAUGAAUCAGAAGUUUACUACCAGAACUCCAUUGAGAUCUGGGCGCAGCUCCAAAAGGAGAUAUUCGCCAGCCCAGACGCCCAGCUCCGAAGCCAGUGCUUGGACACGCUGACGCAUGUGAUGGGCAAACUCUCGGAGGGCGAUCGGAAGAACUUCGAAAACACCGUAUUGGAUAUCGUGGGCACUCUAAGAGGCAACCUGCUGCCGGAUUCCAGGCUGUUCCAUCAGAGCAGCUCGAUUUUGCUAAGCAUCGCAAAAGCGAGCGACCUCUCGGGUCGGCUUGUGGCUGAACGCGUGGGGCCUCUAAUAGAGAACACCCUCAAAAUCACCCCCGAUCCGCAACAGAAAGCCACUCUUCUGCACACUUUGAUGGAAUUCUUCCAGGCCAAUGGCGCGGAUUCAUUGAGGGACUGUUGCUCCUCUUUAUGCGCCCAGGCGAUUCUAAGCAGCAACCCCCAUUUAGCCGUAGAAGGUUUCCAAGGGUUCGCCUCCCUAGCGGGGGUUGUUUCCGACGAAGCCCGCCAGGGCUUCCUGCUCUCGCUCCAUCAGGCCGUAGUUGCCCCUUUGCCUGCCGCCCUCAAGCUGGCCAUCCACAACAGUCUACACAAAAUAGCAGAGGCGUUUCCCAAUGAAGUAAAACUGCGCGUUUUACGCAACGAAACCCUCACCGGAAGUGGUUUGGAGGCUUAUUUAGCCGCUUUGGCUGAAAUGGUGGACCUGGAAAACUUCCAGGCCUCUGUGAUGGAGACUUUCAUCAAAUACUCAAUUCAGGACUUGGAUGGAAGCGCUGCCGCGCUGCGGCAACUGAGCGACUUACUAGGCAAGCACCCGGAAACCGUGGCAGUUUUAGUAGAAAAAGACUUUCUGGGCCAACUAGUGAGCUUUCUUAAGGGACUGGAAGCCCUCAGGGCUCUGCCUGAAGGGUUUCUGCGCGCCCUCAACCAAACCCUGCAACUAAUCGCGCGACAUCAACCCGCCGAUUGGCAAUCGGCCAAUUACAAGGCGGCCUCCGGCAGCCGAUUCCUCAACGAAAACCUCCAGGUUUCCACUCUGACCGGCCUGGUAAUUCCCAUGACUAUCUCAGUGGUCCAAGACCACCUUCACCCAAUGGAUUUGCUCCUCAAUGCCGCCCUGAACAGUCCGGAAGAAUUUGUGCGCGACAUUUCCCUCAAAGCCCUCGCCAGCUUACUCAACAAACUCAAAGAGGAAGAUUUGAAUGGAAACUUGGCCACGAUUCGCCAAAGAUGUGAAGGAAACGGGAAAAUUUCGCUUGCUACCUGGGUGACCAAGGGGCUAGUCACUAGAAACCACCCCACUGGCUGGCAAUGGACGGAUUUGCUGCUGGACUGUCUGGCUGACGAUUCUCAAGUUGGCCGGGGAUUGAGGACAGUGCUGGACGAAAGUCAGAGGGUUUUGUCCAAAGAAAACCACUGCCAGAUCAUGCCUCUCUACCGGCAGAAGUUCUUCAUCCACUGCAUGAACCGACUGAAUAGGGAACAAACGCCUACUGAAGCCCACUUGAGCGCUGUGGGCCUUUUGAUGGAAAACACCCCGAAAAUGGCCAUCGUCAACCAUUUUCCGAAGAUCUUCCGCCUGGUGCUGUUGUGCCUUGAAAAAUCCCCUGAUCCUGAAGCGCUGGUAGUCAUUCUUCAAACGAUCACCGACUUUGUAAAGGGCGGUGAAGCCAUAAUCGAGGACCGGUUGGAGGAUAUUUUAGUUAGAGUGCUAGAUUUAACCGUUUUCCAGUCCUCAAUGGUGGUUCGACUGUGCGCAAUCACCUGCAUUCAUCAGAUGACCAAAACGUACAAAACCUAUCAACUGCUGCCCUUCAAAGGGCGCGUAGUGGAACAAUUAGGGAUUUGCGUGGACGACAGGAAGCGCCUAGUUAGGAGGAAAGCGAUGGAGUGCCGCGCCUUGUGGUUUUUGCUGGACGCCCCACUUUAGACUUCAUCGGAAACCGUACAUAAAAUAGGAUUUAUUUGGUUCGGAAAAUCGCAAUUUCCGUCUUGUUUUAACAAAAUAUAAAAUCAAUUUACUGGA